AUGAAGGUAGCUUGGCAGCGACUUAUUCGAUUUGUGUCAACAGAUGGACGCACCCUGAGAGGAGAGCCCAUACUUCCUACAUCUGAAUUCGACAUCGGAGACGCGGUGGAGAAAACACGCCUUCAGGCCCGUGUCAUUGAUGGAGACGAUAUUUACGACACGACUGGUGCCACGCGGGUUACAGACGAGGUUGUCACCGUCAAAACCCUCCUCGGACCCCUGACGCCCGCCGAUGUACCCAUCCUAAGAUGUGUUGGGCUAAACUACGCCACCCACAUUCGCGAAGCUGGCCGAAAAACCCCACCAUUUCCAUCUAUUUUCUUCAAGCCAUCAACAACAGUACAUGAUCAUGACGUAAAUGUGGUAAUCCCAAGGGUAGCCCAGGAUGAACAGGCAGACUAUGAAGGGGAGCUGGUUGUGGUAAUUGGCAAAGACGCCAAGGACGUCCAAGAAAGUGAAGCUCUCGAAUAUGUCGCUGCUUACACAGCUGGAAACGAUAUUUCGUCUCGCAAAUGGCAGAGAGAUCCCAAUCUCGCAGGUGGCGUACCGCAAUGGGGAUUUUCCAAAGGGUUUGAUACCUUUGCCCCAUUAGGUCCUGUGCUAGUUUCGACCGAGCUGAUCCCAUCGCCUGAAAGUCUUCACCUGCAGACGAUUGUUGACAGACAGGUACGACAGGACGCCAAACUGGACGACCUUGUCUUUUCUAUCCCACGUCUGAUAGCACACCUAUCUUCCGGGACCACGCUGCAAAAGGGUAGUGUUAUUAUGACUGGUACUCCUGGUGGAGUUGGCGCUGGGUUGAACCCACCUAAGUAUCUUGUGCCAGGAACACAUAUGGAAGUUAGAAUUACCGAGAUUGGAACUUUGAGAAAUGGCGUACAGUUUGAAUAG